AUGGCCCGCAUCACGAAUACAAAGCUAGGCUCUGAUGGCGCUGUACGCGAAGUGGAACUUAUAACUUCUACGCGCCGUAAAAUUCGUCGCCCAGUAAACCUAGUGGUACCACUUGAAGUAACAUCCAACGAGGACAUUUCUAGUAAUGCACAUCCCAGAGCAACUGCUGAAGCAUCGCGUCAGGAACUUCGUGAAACAGCAGCGGAUUCUAUAGAGCCUAGAUAUAACUUGCGUCCUCGUCGCACCAUCAACACGGCCAGACAUGAAAAGAAUACGGUCUCGGUUCCUAGACCAAAUAGCCUGGAUCGCAUACACUGA